CCUAUUAGUUAGAAAACCAAAAAAAAAAACACUCUUUAAGUUGGAGAAGUUUUGAAGGAGAGGAAAAAGCCAAGAGAUGGUGCAUCCUUUGGUUGAUAGAGCCACAAGCGAUAUGCUUAUUGGUCCUGACUGGGCCAUGAACCUUGAGAUAUGUGACAUGCUUAAUCAUGAGCCUGGGCAAUAUAGAGAAGUUGUGAGUGGAGUAAAGAAAAGGCUCGCUAGUAGGACUACCAAGGUUCAGCUUUUGGCUCUUACUUUGCUGGAGACAAUGAUCAACAAUUGUGGGGAACUCAUUCACAUGCAACUUGCUGAGAAGGACAUUCUUCAUAAGAUGGUGAAGAUGGUCAAAAGGAAGCCUAACAUCCAAGUGAAGGAGAAGAUAUUGAUACUUAUAGAUACUUGGCAAGAGAGCUUCUCAGGUCCUCAAGGAAGACAUCCACAAUAUUAUGCAGCAUACCAAGAAUUGUUGCGUGCAGGAAUUGUAUUCCCUCAAAGACCUCCUCAACCCACAGUUAGUUCAGGACAAACUGGUCCCUCGACAAUGUAUAAUCAGAAUGCUCGUAACGCUAGACAAGAAGCUAAUGAUACUUCCACAGAGUCAGAGUUUCCUACUUUGAGUCUGACAGAAAUUCAAAAUGCAAAAGGGAUUAUGGAUGUCUUAGCUGAAAUGUUGAACGCAAUAGAUGAAAACAACAAAGAGGGACUUAAACAAGAGGUUAUUGUAGAUCUUGUUAGCCAAUGUCGCACCUAUAAACAAAGAGUAGUACACCUUGUAAACUCUACAUCAGAUGAAUCGUUGCUUUGCCAAGGCCUAGCCUUAAAUGAUGAUUUGCAGCGGUUACUUGCGAAGCACGAAUCCAUCGCUUCUGGAAACCCUACGCCAGUAAAGGGAGAAAAAUCUAAAAAAGAAGUUGCUAAGGAGGCAAAUCAGAUCAUAGUUGUUGGAUCAAGCAGUGAAACGAAAGAUGGUAGUAUUGUGGCUGAUGCACCAAAUGGUCCAAAGAUAGAUCUUCUUAGUGGAGAUGACUUUGAGACACCGAAUGGAGAAAACUCACUGGCACUUGUUCCUCUUGGACCUGCACAACCAAGUAGUCCUGUACCAACACCAGAUAACUCCAUGGUCUUAAUCGACAUGUUAUCAGAUAAUAACUGCGAGAGCUCUACUCCAACUUCGAGUCCACACUCGCAUAAUCAGAUGGUGCAACAACAAAACUACUCAAAUGGAUUUGGACAAGGGUCAUCUGGUCCUGUCUGGAAUCUCCAUAUUACCCAGCAACCAUCUUCUCCUGCAUAUGGAAACCAAAACCAACCCUUUUCACCUACCUUUAGCCCGCCCAUCUCACCGCACUAUGGUGGACAAAACAACAAUGCGUUAGCACUACCACCACCACCAUGGGAAGCUCAAUCUCCAAGCUCUAGUCCUCACUACUCUCCUACUCACCCGAUGCAAGUGACUCAAGUUGUCAUCACCACGCACACUCAUCAACCGCUAGGUUACAACCCUCAAGGUGGCUCUCCUUAUGCUAUCAACAACAACAAUAACAUGUUCGGUAUGCUUCCCCCUCCAAUGACAGGAGGCCACAUGCAACCCUUAGGCCAUCAUAAUCCUGCUGCCAUGUACGGAGGCUACGGAGGACAGCCUCAGCCACCACAACAGUAUUUUGGAGAACAACAAAUGUACGGAGGCUAUGGAGGACAACCUCAGCUAUCACAAGAGCAGCUUGUAGAACAACAAAUGUAUGGAAUGUCACUUCAAGACAAUGGAGCCAGCAAUGCCAACCCCUACCAAGUGUCUUCUCAUCCUUCGGGUCUUAAUUAUCAGCAACCAAUGAUGAAACCUGUGAACAAGAAACCAGAGGACAAGUUGUUUGGAGAUCUUGUUGAACUCUCCAAGUCAAAGAAACCUACUGAACGAGCCGGUAGUAUGUAAAACCCCACUGUUUCACCAUUUUUCAUAGAGUUUUCAAUUUUAAUGUUGACUUUAUACAAUUUCUUAGAAAAUAAUUCUGAAAUUUUCCUUUUGUCGCGAAAAGUGAAUAAUAUCAUCAUUUUCAUUGGAUAUAUUGUUGUUAUUUCAACUGGAUGAAAAUGCAAACUGAUUGAGAUUAACUUGAACAAAAUACAACAUACAAGUGAAAACAUCACACAACUUUUUUAAUGUACUAUCCUUUGUGAUAAUAUCAAUGAAUGCUAACUUUUGUUUUCCCACCAUGACCUUUACCAUUUCUUUACACAUGAAACAAAUUGGGAAAAAAAAGAGAUAAACACACAAAAGAAAGAAUGCAAUAGGGUUGGGUUGGGAAAAUGGUUCAACCUAUCCAAGCCUCGAUUCUAGCACACGGAGAUAUCUUUAUAACAUCAGGCGGAUCAACAGUAAUGUUCAAACACAGAACCAGAGCUACACAUCAUGUUUUCAUCUGCAAAGACGAAGGAUUAAAGUCAGCAAAGAACAUGAGAUUUGCAAGACUUCCCAGAUCCAAUCAUUGUUUCUAAACAUACAUUGUGAUUGAAGUGAAAAACGUGUGUCUUGGUGCCGUUUCUUGAACUUCUGUUGCAUCAUUUGAAUUUUAAAAUUUGAAUGAACUUUUGCAAAGAUUUAAAAAGUUCAUCACAAGUAGUAGAUCGACCAUGACAAACAUGGUUAUAUAUAGGUAUAAUUAGUAAUUAGUCUAAUUACUAGUGUAUGAUCCUUUACAUCCGAGUUUACUAUAAUUUCUUUGUGACUUGUAGUUUCAGUACAGAGUAACGAGACAGAGUUACUACUAAAUGAUUCAUGAAUGUGUUUUUAUGAGCUAAGUAGUUACGUCAUUGCGCGAGUUGUCUAUAAUUAAAUCCAUAAACUCUUUCAACCUUGACUUGUUGACUGUGUGUUGUGGCUUUUUUUUUACCGUGAUUGCAUCGUUCCACUACUUUUUAAUUUGCAAUUGUCUCAUUAAAUAAUCAUUAAAGGACAUGAACAUAAAGCGAACAGUUCAUAUGUUUGAAUAACAUCAAAGGCCAAAUCAAAAGUGAGCUGAAAAGAUCACACGCUUGCCUUUUCUCUCUCUCUCAAACUUCUGAAUCUCAAGUUUGAGAAACACACAGAAUUUCGAUGAUGAGGAAGACGCUGACCAUACUUGAAGAGCUCAUCUUCGUGCUGAUGAGCCUAGCCUCAGCGAUCACGACAGCUCUCCGGACGUCGCCUUCUUUCUCCGCCGGAUCUUCCACCACCUACUCACCUUUGAUGACCAACCGUGUCACCUUCGCCCCACAGUUUUUUCUUUGAAAUUUCACUAUUAUCAUUAUAUGUAUGUUAUUGUGUAUAUACCGCUUGAAAUACAAACUUUAAUAAUUGUAUGUGUUUGUGAUA